AUGAAGCCGGAAUCCUCCAGAGAAGCUAUAUGUCUCUGCACACCAACACCAAAGAUACCACGUCCUCGCAACGCAUUCAUCCUCUAUCGGCAGCAUCACCAGUCGCAAGUAACGGCUGAUAAUCCCAAGCUGUCAAAUCCAGAGAUCUCCAAAAUCAUUGGUGAGAAAUGGAAACACGAGGCCGAAGAUAUACCAGCCCAGGAGAGGCAGCAAGGCCCAAGGCAACUGGCCAAGUACACCGUCCGGGGAAGAGUCUGGUCGCUGCACGAAAUGCAAUGGGCGAACCAUUGCCACGCCAAGGACCCCUUCAACGCCAGUCGCAACACCCCCGUCAGUUAA